AUGGCACGGACUCAAGCUGGACAUCGAAGCUCCAUGAACUUGGGGAUAUCAUCUGCGGCUUGGGUAGCGUGUAAGACCAUUGGGCAUUCUCUGAAAGCCAUAUGCAAUUCUCCAGAUCGCAAGAAGUCACUUUUCAAAGCGGUUGCAGCAGAGAUAAAUCGCCAGUACGAAGCUCACCAGUCGACAACAAGACAUACCUUUUUCCAAGAGUUUCGCUGGGAAGAGAAGAACUUAUCUGAGGAGCAAGUCGCUGGACUUGCUGCUCUCACAAAAGGUUGGGAGCUCAAUGAUGAUGACCUUGAAGAGCUCAGGAAAUCCGCACAGCUAUGGGCGUCCAAACCCUGGCUUUUUUUUGACACCAGGAAGCCCGAUCGCCCCGGUACCCUUGGGCUUAUUCAAUUUUGCUUUAAUGACAUCGAGCAGAUCGAAAAUGUCAAUCUCACACGACUCAUCUCCAAAGUGUUCUCCGAUGUUGUGGAGGCCUCCGGGUCUCCCUCCAAGCAAGAGACCAAGAAACGGCGCCGGAAGCUGAAAAGGCAAUCCGCUAGUGGAAGCAAAUGGGCGCAGAUUGUACCUCGCUGGAUGGUUCUCGCCCUGCAAGGCGCCACUGCUAAACGCUUCGAGGAUAGGCACUGGCAGCCGAUAGAAAUCAAGGCGAUAAAUGCAUAUGUUAAGAAUAUCGUCGGCGUGCUUCGCCCACGGUUCGAGAUCAACCUGAAGAAGCGUCCACAGAAACAAUCCGCGAGCAGGGUAGAACUCGGGAAGGGAGCCACUUGCAACGGAAACGGACAUCGCCUUACCCAGAGAAGCUUUCUAGUAAACGAAGAUGCGAUGGGCGAAACGAACAAGCUUGUCGGCUAUAUACCGAUACCCAGCUGGAUGAUGGGCACAUACCAUCGGAAAGCGUCCAAGAAGCUCCGAGCAGGCUAUGAGAUAUGGUCUGGGGAGAUGAUGGUACUAUCCACCCGCUUCCUAAAGGCAAAAUUUCAAACCCGAUUUCGUCGCUUCUCUCCGGACCCUAACAUCGGUCCUGGUGGCUCGGGUGCCGUUGAAUGCCACAAUGAUUCUUUUUCGAAGCAAGUGCAUAAUGGUCGGCAGCUAAGCCCUAUCGGGGAGCUCUCGUUGGAAGAGCGGGAGGCUGCCCAAAUGCUUCAACAAUUUCAACAACAGACGCAACCAACAUCCGAUCCACCUAGCUCGCAGCAGUUGGGAGAAAUGAGCGUGCGAAAUGCCACGAGAGAGUGUUCUCAAGAUCACACUUCGAGCAACGAUCCUACCACCCUUAAUACGAAUGAAUCCCGCCCUCCACAUCCAGCCACAGAUUCGAAUUUAUUUUAUAACGGGGAAACAACCACAGACAUUCCAACAUGGCAUAAUGUGAUUUUUGACCCGGACGCACAGGAUAUUACAAACGAGGUGUCACAAAAUGUGUUUUAUGGCCUGGGCACACAUAAUUCGACAAAUGGGUCUUGGCAAGACGGGUUUUUUGACCCCGACACACAGCACCCGACAAACGGGCUAUGGCGGAAUGUGUUGGCUUCAGAGACAAGCUCAAAUGAUAGCAUGGGUUUCCGUCAGUUGUUGCCACAAUUCCCCUAUUGUGGCGGUCUGUAUGCACAACCAUCAGGGUUCUAG